UUGAUAAGCAAUUCAUUUUCUAUAUAAACUCGACUCCUCCGGCCCCUUCAACAAACAGUCCACCACUUCCUUCCCUUUUUCUUUUCCCUUUCUCUUGAGAGCACACAAGCCAUCUCCUUCAAACAUGGCAACCAUGGCGACGGCCAUCUUCACCCUUCUCUUCCUCUUCUUUGCUUCAUCAUCGGCCUCCGAUAUGUCCAUCAUCGGCUACAACAACCACCACGACCAACCAGCCUGGCGGAGCGACGCCGAGGUGAUGGGCAUCUACAACUCGUGGCUGGCCAAGCACGGGAAAGCCUACAACGACCUGGGAGAGCACGAGCGGAGGUUCGAGAUCUUCAAGGAUAAUCUGAGGUUCAUCGACGACCACAACGCCCAAAACCGCACAUACAAGACUGGGUUGAACAGAUUUGCUGAUUUGAGCAACGAGGAGUACCGCGCCAUCUACUUGGGCACCAGGACUGACCCUAAGCGGAGGGUCAUGAAGUCCAAGAACCCCAGCCGCCGCUACGCUUUCAGGGCCGGCGAGAAGUUGCCGUUGACCGUCGAUUGGAGGACGACCGGUGCUGUUAAUCCGAUCAAGGAUCAAGGAAGUUGUGGAAGUUGCUGGGCAUUCUCAACGGUGGCGGCAGUGGAAGGCGUAAACAAAAUAGUGACAGGCGAGCUAAUCUCUCUAUCGGAACAAGAACUUGUGGACUGUGACAGAGACUACAACGCCGGCUGCAAUGGAGGUCUCAUGGACUACGCCUUCCAGUUCAUCAUCGACAACGGAGGCAUGGACUCUGAAUCAGACUACCCUUAUCUAGGCGUUGACACCAAAUGCGACACCGUUAGGAAGAAUGCUAAGGUUGUCAGCAUUGAUAGUUACGAGGAUGUUCCUGCCUUCGAUGAGAACGCUUUGAAGAAGGCUGUGGCACAUCAGCCCGUGAGUGUUGCUAUUGAAGCCGGCGGCAGGGCUCUGCAGCUCUACGACUCAGGUGUCUUCACCGGCGAAUGUGGGUCAGCCCUAGACCAUGGUGUCGCUGCUGUUGGGUACGGCACAGAGAACGGCGUUGACUAUUGGCUUGUGAGGAACUCGUGGGGAAGCAACUGGGGGGAGAGUGGAUACAUCAAGAUCCAGCGAAACGUGGCAGACGCAUUUACCGGCAAGUGUGGAAUUGCAAUGGAGGCCUCUUAUCCCGUGAAGAAUAGCCAGAACCCAAGCAAGCCUUACUGGGCUUUUGAAAGCGCCGUUGAGAUGGUCAUCAGUGCUUAAAAACGUGUCCGUUGAUGGUAUGGGCCAGGCCCAAUGAUGAUGACUGGGCUGGGCUGUUGUUGUUGUUUGCUUAUUUGGAUUAAUUAAGAUGAUUGUUGUACAUAUAGCCAAUCAAAUUGCACCUCAAGAAUUGAUGAUGGGGGCAACUCAAUGUCAUUUGCUUGGACAUGUUAGUCUCAAUAUUUCACUAUGGACAUGAAUCAAAUAGAUCUGUCAUUAUCUGCCUA